UUACUUACCUCGGAGCUUUUUCUCCCUCAAUCACCCUUAUCUACUUUUCCCCAUCGGACGGUGACUUCUUCUCUCCUUUCCCUCGAGCUUCUUCUUCUAUUGUUCGAAAGUCGCUGUACAACAAUUGUCCCAGCCCGCCCUCUGAAGCCCGCCUGGGCAGACCAAAGUCAUACUUCAGUCAAUCAUCAUGGCCUCGAUACUCGGAUUCGUGGGAUCGGGUGUGAUCUUCCUUUACGGACUUUUCAGUCUCGGACUCUAUGGAAUUCGCGCUGUAAGCAAAGGGUAUUUCUUCAAGAAAACCACGGAGAAGGAGACACUCGAACUGCAAAUCGCUCGCAAUCGACUCUGGGACCUUUCACAGAGCUUCGCAGGCCUUCGUCACCAUAUCCAUACUCUGCCGAGCGGGUUCAAAUUCCACUACGUCUGUAAUGACGGCCCCGGACAGCAGACCGCCACCGACCCACAAAAGCCGCUGGUUGUGUUCAUCCAUGGAUUUCCCGAUAGCUGGGCCAUCUGGCGCCAUCUUCUCGCCUCACCCGCUCUUCAGCAUGCGGCCACUCUGGUUGCGGUCGACUUGCCCGGCUAUGGUGGCAGCGAUCGGCUUGAUCGAUACUCAGCAACGAAAGUGCUCGAGAAUCUGACGGAGUUCUUGAUUGCGAUUCGGGCCAAGUACGGAGCUGACACGGCGACCGCGGCGCGGCAGCGUAAGGUUAUUAUUGUCGGACAUGACUGGGGCUGUGUGCUUUCGACUCGACUGGCAUCUGAAGCUCCUCAACUGGCGGAUCGCUUUAUUCUGACUAAUGGACCAAUUCCUGGUCUCGCCCGGGCGAACAUCGCCCGCCGACUCUCUUCCUCCCUUAAGAUGCUCAAAACAGCACUGCGUGAUCCGAUACACUCCCGCGCGACGCUUUGGAAAGUGGCCCAAACUCUGCAGCCCGUUGGUCGACAGUUGCUCCGCUCCGGAUACAUCUUUGCUAUGAAACUACCUUUGUCCCUGGUUCGGUAUCUGGGCCGAGGCGGAAACUACUCAUUCCUGAAGCUUAUACACCGCGCAUCGUAUGGUCAACAGGAGUUUUCACCUCGGGAUGCCGCAGAGUGCAUGGCUAGUACUGUAGGACCGUCCGUGGCUGAAUGCCAAACCCAAACUGCGGAGGGCGACACGUAUCCUGCGUUCAUGAAAGAAGACCGCGGGCAAUUGACCUUCCAGCAUAUGACCGCCUACUACCGGGACAACACAGCGUUCGCGCGCUGGAACAAGUCAAUUGAGACGAUUGCGCACCUUCACGGCAUUGAAGACGCGAAUGCGGCCCACCGCACCAGCAGCGGUGCUGGUCUGUUUGCCGAUGGACCCAAGGGGUCCCUGAAAGCUAGUGCAACCGUUAUUUGGGGGAAGGCCGACAUGGCCUUGGAGCCUGCCGUGUGCCUGGAUGGCAUUGCAGACUACCUCGUGCGAGACAGCCAAGUUAUCGUGGUGCCGGGUCUGGGCCACUUCACCCCAUUGGAGCGUCAAGGCCAGCUUGCCUUGGAGAAGGCGAUCGAAUGGACCGUGAAGGGUGAGAAGGAGGAUAUUGGAGCUGUUUUGCAGAAAUGUUCCCCCAAGGCCGUGGUGACUGCUCGCAAAUAGACAUGGAUAAUUCGACAACAUACUGAAGCGGGUCCAUGAUUGAUUUUUGAAUCUUUGGUUUGCUUGGCUUAUCUGUCGCUAGGGAUUGACUGAAAUAAGCUGAAAUUAGUCUAGGCUCCGGUCUAUACGACUACAAUCUACCUAUAAUCAGACUAGUGUAGUCUGAACCUUCUCCCGCAUGGUUACUUCGCAU